GGAGCAGCCUGGAAGAGACCAGCAGAACCGCUUAGACGGAGCAAAGAGCAGUUGAGCUGCCUGGAAGAGGUUCAGACUAACCGAGCCACCUGGAAAAACUCUGCAACCUGUUGAGCUGCCUGCAGGCCGUAGAGUGUGCUUUGGGUUUCCAGAUUUUAUGAGCCACCACUCAUGCUGAGAUAGGCUUUGGUGACGAAGCUGUCUUGAGUCAUCUCUGCUCCUGAAAGCAACCCCUCGCCCAUAUUCCUAUCCCACCAUGGCUCUCCAACCCCAUCAUGUGGACCCCAAUUUCUACAAACUGGGGGAGAAUGAGAUCGAAGUGACACUUGAUGCUGAUCAAGAGGCUGAUGCAGCAGCAGAGGGAGGCAGCUUUGGAGAAGGUUCUCUAAAUGGCUCAGACAAACUAAAGUACCAGGGCAUCCCAGACGACAAGGAUGAUGUGAUCUACGUUGGAGACGUGAAGGACGUUGGCAAUGACAUCAAAGAUGAGUGCCCUGGGAGCCACCAAGGAUCUGGAGAUCCACAGCCGGAGGAGGAGCAGAAGAACUUGGCGGCUGCCAGAGUUCCACAGUUCCGGCGCACAAGGCCACGGAUCCAGUUGGGUCUCACGGCCAGGCAGCUGAGUGAACUGGAAGACUUUUUUGAAAAAACUAAGUACCCUGAUGCACUCACAAGGAAGAACCUUGCAAAGCAAUUGUACCUAGCAGAAUCCAGAGUUCAGAUAUGGUUUAAGAAAAGAAGAUCCCGAUAUAGGAAAGAACAGCGGUCUCGGCUGCUCCAGUGUGCGCCUGCUGAUAGCCAGGAUGCUGCGCAGUAAAGCUUUUGGAGGAGUUCCGAAACAUUAUCUUCUCCAGCCACCAGAUGAAGGCAUGUUAGGCACUAAUACUAACCAUGGAUCCUUAUCCCUUAAGCAAUAAAGAGAUGUGCAUUCAA